GUUUAUAAAUUCCUAUGCAUGUUUACACCUCACUCCCAAUCUGAUCAAUUCUCAUGCUACCAACACCACUGAGAGGAAACGUCUGGUCCAUGUCUGUAAGUGUGUUUGGCUUUGUCAGAGGAAGGGGCGCGAGCUUUGCACGAGAUGGACUGUGAAAUCCACCGACUGGUCUGAAAUAACUCGGCAUUGUGUUAUUGUUCAUUUGGCUUGCAGAGUGCUGAGUAGGCACCUGAGAUGAGCCUUGUUUGAACUUGGCUGUCUCUGAGCCUCCUUUAGCCAUCCGCAUCCAUGUACAGCAGGGUGUCCAAGUCCAGACCGCAUGCACAGAAGAAGAUGCAGUACCGCUCAAAGGGCAAGGGCUGCGGCUACUACAUGCGCAUUGUCUUCUUCUUCUCUUCGCUCAUUCAGUCUCUGAUCAUAGUUAGCCUCGUGCUCUUCCUGGUCUACGGUAAGACGCAGGACUCGGCGUCCACGACACGCAUCCAGGACCUGGAGGAGAGCUUCAGCCGGCUCUCCAUAGAGAAUGUGGCCCUGAGGCUGCAGAGGAAGAACCUGACCAACUUACUCAACGCCACCCUGACGGAGAAGGCCCGCAACGACUGGGACCUGGUCAAACUCCGCUACUACUCAAACAUCUCAGUGGUCUUUAUCCAAGAUAUCGACAAAAAGCUGCAAGAGUGCCAGAGAGAGGUGUUCUAUUACAAGAGCACCGCCCGAUGCCCGACCACAUCAGUUCAAAUGACGGAUAACUGCAACUGUGGGCUGCUGAGUGAACGAAUGAAAGCCAGGCUUGACCUUGUGGAGUCCAACUUCACACAGACAAUACAGAGGAUGAGGAUGGAAAUGGACCAGACCGCUAAAGAUAGAGAUACCAUUAGUUUGGAGGCCAUCCGUCUGCGGAGGGACAAAGCUACUCAUGAAAAGGAGGUGGAGUUCUUUAGGCAAAAAUGCAAAGAUGACUUUGCCCAGUCCUUGAGUGGCAUUUCCAAUGUCUCCAAGGCUUUCCUAGAGAAGAUCAGUUCCCUCUUCCCUUCGCACAUCGCCUUCCAGCUCACCUGUCCCAAACAGAGGGACCACCUGGAGCAGAUCCGCACCAAUUGCACCAGCCUGUCCAUGGAAGUGGAGGACAAGUUCCAGCGUUACCUGGAUAGUGUGGGAGGACAGGUGUCAGCCAUCCAGGCAGAAAGCAGCCGUCUGAAGGCAGAGAACUGGCGACUGUCUGACGACUACCGCUGGUGCACCAUGAACCGCACAGGCCUGAUCCAGCAGCACGGACAGAACUUGAACAAGCUUCAGCAGAAACACGACGAGGAGAAGGAAAGACUCCUGAUAGACAAGAUGAGGCUUAACGGAGACUUGGAAAUCCUGACUCACAGUGUCAAAUAUAAAAAUAAAGAGGUUGAUCACCUUACAGAGCAAAUUAAGUAUCUCAACGCGUCCUGCAUCCCUAAGACAGGUUUUGUUGCAGGAGGCUCUCGGUCAGGCACACAGCCCCAGCCUGGGUGGGGCAUCGGUGGUGGAUCCAGCUCUGCCUCAUCCAGCUCCUCUAUUGGGGGUCAGCCUAGUAGGGCAGGGUCAGGGGGAUUGAGUUCGAGCUUUGGCACAUUUGGUUCAACAUUCAAUAAGCCAGCAUCGAAUGGGGCGGGCUCGUCAAGCUCGUCCGUCUUGUCAUCCGGGUCAGGUAGCUCCCUUGGGUCAGCAUUCAAUAAGCCAGUAUCGAAUGGGGCGGGCUCUUCAAGUUUGUCCGUCUUGUCAUCCGGGUUAGGUAGCUCCACUGGGUCAGGAUUUAAUAGGCUGGGACAAGGAUCAAUUGGGGCAGGCUCUUCAAGUUCGUCCGUCUUGUCAUCCGGGUCAGGUAGCUCCACCGGGUCAGGAUUUAAUAGGCUGGGACAAGGAUCAAUUGGGGCAGGCUCUUCCAGUUCGUCCGUCUUGUCACCUGGGUCAGGUAGCUCCACUGGGUCAGGAUUUAAUAGGCUGGGACAAGGAUCAAUUGGGGCAGGCUCUUCCAGUUCGUCCGUCUUGUCACCUGGGUCAGGUAGCUCCACUGGGUCAGGAUUUAAUAGGCUGGGACAAGGAUCAAUUGGGGCAGGCUCUUCCAGUUCGUCCGUCUUGUCACCUGGGUCAGGUAGCUCCACUGGGUCAGGGUUCAAUACUGGGGGAGGAUACCCAACCUUUGGUUCAGCAUCAAAUCCAAAUCUUAGCCCAAGUGGGACAGGUUCCAAUAACCCAGCACAGAGUGGGAGAGGCUCUCCAACUUUUGGGUCAUCCUCUGAGUCAAGCGGGAAAAGCUUAGGGUUAGGUUCAAAGCCUUUUGGGUCAUCCACUGGUUCAUCCUCUGGAUCAUCCUCUGGGUCAUCGUCUGGUUCUUCCUCUGGGUUGUCCUCUGGUUCUUCCACUGGGUCGUCCUCUGGUUCUUCCUCUGGGGCAACGAGUAAAAGUGGGUCAGCCAACAACCCAUUUGCUUGGUUUGGGAUGGGUAACUCAGGACAAAGUAAGCCAGGAAGUGGAACAGGGAAAGCACCAUCAACUGGGAAUAGUUAUGGUGGAACUGGGUCGUCAUUUGGUGCAGGAAGAACAAGUGGCUCAGCAGUCACUCAGCACAUUAAAGAUCUGCAACGCCUGAUCAACCCCCCUGGCCCAGAGGAGAAACAAGAUCUCUCCAGAAUGUUGGGAUAGUCCACCUUAAUCAGAAAAG